GUCUACUUAGUGUGGCUGCGGCAGACGUCGAACCGGGACGGGGUACCUCCACUACACAAAGUUUUUAAUCUUUUUAAGUCUGAAACUGGUAAUUAACAUUGUAUACUUUGUUUACAUAAUAUAUUUGGCUGUUACAUCGUAGUGUUAAAAUAUGAAAGUGAUUACCAUGAGUACCACGUAAUAAAAAAUAAACAGCGGUCUUAACAUUUAGCUAACGCUAAUAAUAAGGUCGAGAGGAAUUUGGGAUUUAGGUAGGCCUCUGUCAUGUAGCAUACGAUAAACUAACCCAUAAAUACACGAAUACAAUUAGUCAAGCGUUGAGAAUAUAACAUUAACUUUACAGCUAACAUAAGGCUGCCGUAUGUUAUACGUUGGUCCGUACUAAGCCAGUGUAACUGAAAGUCUCUAUUGUUUAAGUAACCUAACAUUAUUCCGAUGCUUGCCGAUCUCAGGAACGUUACAGUAACGUUAGGGGUUUUCCAUCACUGCUGGGAAUCGCUCGUAGUUCCUUCCAGCUAGCAUUAGGCUGUUUUCUAUUAUUCAACAAUAGCCAACGUCAUGUGAUUGUUUUCUUUACUGUGUUAGUUUGAAGUAUUAAGCUUUGGCCAUGGAUAUCUCGAACCAACAAUGAAGGUGACCUGUAACGCAUGUUAUAUUUGCCAAGAAGCGUGCUUUCUGUCUGAUAUUUUGCCCGUUGACGAAUAAUGUCGUUGUGGCCUCAGGAUAAGCAUUUGUUUUACUUGUAAUAAGAGCACUUACUUUGAAAUAACGGGAUAAAAAUAGUGAUGAACAAAUUAACUAUUUUGUGACUUCAGAGUGCAUUUUUUCCUGUUCCUUAAGAUGGAAGCCGGAGUUGUUAUUCAGGCUCAUCACCGGUGUGGUACUAAGGCCUCCAUGUCCAGAGUAACGUUUAUACUCCCGAAAAUUGCUAAUGUACUAGUUUGUUAUUCUAGUUUAGAUACUUGAAUUAUAUCAACAUGUAGUGCAGUUUGUCCACUCACAUUUCCAAAUUCCAGUUUGCUCUUGAGUCAUUAUUGUGAGCGUAUUUGUCUCAUGAUGCUGUACCUCUGUGUGGAAAUGUCAAACUGUCUCCUUUGUAUUUGUGCACAAAUGUCUGUCUCUUAAUAACACCUUUUCAGUUCCUGGGGCAGUGUUUUUGAUUGAUUUGUAGGUUUAAAACCAUCCUCUUGGCCCUUUUGUGGGAGUCGCUGGAUAUGGAUAGCUUUUGCCCCCCCCCCCUGAGAAUACAUUGGCAGAAGAUUUUUUUCUCUCUUCAGCAUUGGUAAUCAACAGCUGAAAAUCUGUAGAAGCUUGAAUAUCCUGCCCAUUUUUUUCCCUACUGCCAUCACCCAAAUGUCACCAUGUGUGCAAAAUGCCUCCAAGCCCAAGAAGAAGCUGAGGAUUUUUUUUCCGCACCCAUCAUCACACGUUUGUCCCCUUUUUCCCUCAUCAAUUUAAGCGUUUUUGGAUUAAUUUUUUUUCUGGCCGUUUAUGUACCCCUAUUUCUUUCAUUGGUUUCACCAAUUAAUAAAAAAAAAAAAAAAAUCCCCAAAGGACUCUAUUGCAUCCAGCAUCAGUAAUGUUUAGCUGUCUGGCGGAGAUAAAGAUGUCUCAGAGAGUCUCAGAAAAGGGAUGUCGUAGGAAGACAAGUGUCUCUGGGCGACCCAUCCCCCCUUUCCUCUUAUCUCACGGAUCAAGUGUUCCUUCAGGACUCCAUACCACCACGGAGACAACCUACCAGCAGUGCACUCAAGAGGGGGACAACUUGUCAGCCACCUCAGGGAGAGUCCUAUUGGCCCUGAAGAGAACCAGCUGCUGGGUUUAAAGGUCGUAACCUCAUCACCUCCGUCACUCAAGACGCAUACCAGCAUUACUAUGACCAACCAUGGAGAUGACUGCUACUUCUUUUACUACUCCACCUGCACUAAGGGAGACAGCUGCCCAUUCAGACACUGUGAGGCCGCUAUGGGCAACGAGACCGUCUGCAACCUCUGGCAGGAGGGACGCUGCUUCCGUACCGUCUGCAAGUUUCGCCACAUGGAGAUCACAAAAAACCGAAAGGAGAUUCCUUGUUAUUGGGAGAACCAGCCAGCCGGUUGCCAGAAGUCUCACUGUGCCUUCUUCCAUGAAAGGCCCCGCUACAUUGAUGGCAUGUUUGUCCCACCUGAUAAAAGUCUAAGCAAGAACGAGGAACAGCCUCAUGAGGAACCAGCUGCCCCGCCAGCUGCCCCUCUCCCCACUGCAACCAAUCCCCAGCUCAGAGGCGUCAUCAAGACAGAAACUCAGGAGGCAGUACCGAGCCCCACCCACCCACCAGUGGUGAUUAAUCCAGCAGAUGAUGACGAGGAUGAAGAUGACCAGUUCUCAGAGGAGGGAGAGGAUGGAAAGGUUGGCCCUUCACCUAGAAAACUACCCAAAUCAGAUGACUCACUGAACUUUGGAGUGAGCACCCUGGAGGAGAUCCGGCUGAGGAAGGCCCUGAAGGCUAGCAUGAAGAGAGCCGGUUAUCCCAUCCAGAGUGCUGAUACCUUGGCCAACGGAGAGAAAGAUUACACCACGUCAUUUUUUCGACCAGACCCCUACGAGGCGAGAGAUGGCCCACUUGCCUUUGAAAAAACUGGGAGAUCAAGAGGCAGUGUGACUGAAAGGCUUGGAAGAAAGAUGCCCAACACCGAUGGAAAUGGUGGGAAAGGUAUCACACUUAAAAGGAGUCUGGCUGAGCGCCUGGGCAGAGUUGUGGAUGAGGAAGAGCCAAUAAUACCCACUCAGAAAGCUCUGAAGCCUAUCAAGGAAAGACUUGGAUUGCCUGCUGGGUCUGUUGUAUCCGCUCAGCCAGAGACAAACACGGAGUCAAAGAAAGCUCCUGAAGAGAUCCGCAUCAAAACUCUGGAGGAAAUCAGACAGGAGAAGUUAGCAAAGUCUCAGAGACGGACAAAUGGGCCUUCAGUCGUGGCUCCAGAAUGCAACGUAACCAAAACCAUUACUACUGAAACCACCAAGGGGGUCAAGCGAGCUAUUACCAUCAAAGAUGACUCCAUUAGCCACGUGAAAACGUUCUCUGAGAUUCUUCGCGCCAAGAAGAAAAGGCAGGAGGAGGAGCAGAAGCAGAACCCCAGCCCUAAGAAGACUGAAGAGAAAGCUCCAGGCAAGAGCCAGGGGGAGUCUGACGCAGCUGAGCCUCGGCCUGAGGCUGCAAAUGUGGGGGGGGUUAAAGUAAAGACCCUGGAGGAGAUCCGCAGGGAGAAGGCAGCCAGGAUUCAGGCUCAACAGGCCCUGGAGGCAGAAAACAGGAAGACCUGUGAUACUGAGGAGAACAGUGCAAAGAAGCCUCGCCUACUGUGCAUCAAGAAACUGGCUACCCAAAACAGCAUCACAACGGAGAAGAGUGCUAAAGUGAUGCAGACGCCACUGAUGACUCAUCCUGCUGUUUCUGAGGCCAGUGCAGCCAACGGUAACAAUGUCAAGGUCAAGACCUUCGAGGAGAUCAUGCGUGAGAAACGCCUUCGCAAGCAGGAAAUAGAAGAGCAGGCUGAAGCAGAGCCUUCUCAGAAACCGACCGCAGAAGGAACUGUGAAGAGGAAGGCUCCUGCUAAAAUCAGUCUUGCAUCUCCAGGCUCUUCAUCACCUUCCUCCAUCACUCUGACCCCUGAAACUACCCUCUCCACCCAAAAGCUCCCUGUUCGUAAAAUGAUCCCCCUCAGAUCUAAGGCUGCCGCACCUCUGAACAGCACUACUACUGCUGGUACAAGAGGUGCUGCCGUCCCCUCAGUCCCUGUGAAGCAGAACUCUUCUCCACUGGAGGCUGAACCCUGCUCACAGAGCCCCAGCAGCUCCAGGGAGGUCCCAGACAAGGACACAAGGAACUCCACCACACUCUCACCAGCCAAGCAGGCCAGAGCAGCUCCUCAGGCUACUGCUAUGGCUGCUAAAACACUGAACAAUAAUCAGAAGAAAUCCCCAGAACACACUAAAGAUGCCAAAGUGAGGCCCAAACUGAAUGUGAAGCCGUCCGUCAUGAAGCCUGCAGUGCAGGUGAAGCCAGCCCAGAAGAGGAGGGGAGCAGAGCGAUCUGCUGUUGCUGCUGUUAAACCUCUGAACAGCGCCUCCGCAGUGCUGGAGGAGCCCCAGCAGGAGACAACAUGCAGGGAAAGACAGGAGGUUUUCCCGUCUUCCAGUGCAGAUGCUCAGCUGAGCGCUGCUGUUCCCCACAGUCCCACCACUCUCAUUGACUCCUGCUCCAGCCCACUGAGAGAGGAGCUCCAGACAGUCCCUGUCUUCAAACAGAGUCUCAGCCAAGAAACCAAGCCCACUGUCAGUGUUGCUGCUGCCAGAGAGGCCUGCACGGUCCCCCAAAGCCCAGUCGUCAAGACUCCCACUCAGCCCAAGUCACGGAGACUGAGCGUAGCUGCGUCCCGCAUUGCCUCCGCAUCCAGCACUGCUGCCUCCACCUCUGCUGAUGAUGACGACUUUGAGGAGUUGAUCAAUGAGUUCACCGAAGACCAUCUGGAAGAAGACGUGGACCCUGGCAUUGGAGAGGAGGACCUGUUGCAGGAACUUUCAGAGAUGAUUGACAGCUGAGGGCCCCAUCGAGCACAAUCGCCACCCACGACUUUGUUUUGUGACUGUAUUUAAAAGAAGUGAAGACCAUCACACACUAUCUACUAUGGAGUGUUUUAAAACAUUUUGUUUUCUUCAAAGUUCAACAUAUAUUAAGCUCCGUGUUCAUAUUUGUUGUUCUUUACAUCUUAGACAUUUUCUCUCCUUUUUCAUUUCCUGCCAUAUGAUCAUCUGAUGGCCCAAUUUUAAUUCUGCAGGGCUUACUUUUUUUGUCAUGUCUGUUCAUGAUCAUUGUAAAACCUUCCUGGUCCUGAAAAGAGAGAAUGAAAAAAGCUCUGGUGCAGGGAGGUGGUGUGAAGAACAUCUUAGUAUGUCAGGAAUUCCUAGAAGAUAAAUGUUGUGAAUGACAAACGUGUCAUUUUAGAGAGAAAUCAUAUCUGUAUACUGUGUAUGCGAAGGGAAGAGCAAGCUGAAUAUAGAAAUAAUGAAUACUGCUGCACUUACAGUAGCCUGCCCCCAACUACUUGUUUUAUUUUAUAUCUGAGCAGACUAAACUGUUGUCCAGCUAUUUCCCAGAUUAUGACAGUGAAAUCUAUCAGUUAUACUUAAAAGAUGACCUUGUCAACAGCCUGAGAGAAAGUUACGAUUACAUUUCUAAAUUCCAUCAGUUGUUACUGGUAGUACUGAUCGUUUUAUCCGUCAGGUAUAUGUGGUUUAUAGAUUUUCCACACAGAUCUUGUGGAGUGCACCUUCAACCUGUGCUCGUCCUUUAGUGUUUUUUAUAAUGUUGGACUGAACUGUGUGCAUUUUUUAACCAGUUCUUUUAUUUAGUGGACAUACUUUGAAACAACUAGUCUGGGUUAAGUGCUCUCUUGUCUUUGUUGAUGAACACCUCAGGGACUGUUUCUGAUGUUUCUAUGAUUGACAAACACUGUGUUUCAACUCAACAAUGCUGUCUUUAGUUUUUCUCUUAUCCGUUAGCAUUGGUCAUCAGUGUUGUCUGAGAAAAGAUCAACUUAUUUGGUCUUAAAUGUGUUUGCUCUGCCCUUUCCCACAAAGCUGCUUUUCAAAGUGACUUGUACAAUUACUAUGUAAAUAAAAAAUGCUUUUAAUGACAA